AUGACAAGGUCAUUUCAAAUAAAAGUUCCCGCUUCGUCAGCAAAUAUAGGUCCUGGAUUUGAUGUACUUGGUGUAGGAUUACAAUUGUACCUAACCAUCAAGGUCACAAUAGAUCCAUCAAUUGAUACUUCAUCAGAUCCUCAUAAUGCUAUAAUCACAUAUGAAGGUAGCUUGGCCGAAAAAGUACCAUUACAAUCCGACAAAAACUUGAUUAGUCAAACUGCGUUAUAUUUACUUAGGUGUAAUGGAGUGGACAAGUUUCCACUUGGUACUCAUAUUUAUGUAAAUAAUCCAAUACCUUUAGGAAGAGGGUUGGGGUCUAGUGCAAGUGCCAUUGUUGGUGGAAUAUAUUUGGGUAAUGUCAUUGGUGAGUUCAAUUUUGACAAGACUAGAAUGUUGGAUUACUGUUUAAUGAUUGAAAGACAUCCUGAUAAUAUUGCUGCUGCCAUGUUGGGAGGAUUUAUUGGGUCAUAUUUGAAUGAGCUAGGACCAGAAGAGACUGAACAAACUACUGUACCUUUAGACUAUAUUUUACCUACUCCGCAAACACCACCACAAUCAAUCGUAUCUCAACCACCACCAAAAAACAUUGGAGAAUAUUUACAAUACAACUGGAACAAAUCCAUCAAAUGUGUUUGCAUCGUCCCCAAUUUUGAAGUAAGUACAGACAAGUCUAGAUCAGUGCUACCUCAAUCAUACACUAGACCCGAUAUAGUAUACAAUCUACAAAGAAUAGCUAUUUUGACUUCAGCAUUAACGCAGGAUCCACCAAAUCAUAAAUUAAUUUAUCAAUCAAUGAAGGACAAGAUUCACCAACCAUAUAGGACAGUAUUGAUCCCUGGGUUGGAUCAAGUUUUGGAAGAGAUUGUUCCUGCAAAACACCUGGGUUUAUGUGGUAUUUGUCUUAGUGGAGCUGGCCCUACUAUCUUGUGUUUGGCUACUGAGGGAUUUGAAGAGAUUGCUAAAGGUGUGGUUGACAUUUUUGCAAAAGAGGGUAUUCAUUGUGAUUGGAAAUUACUUGACUUGGCAUACGAUGGGGCAACUGUAGAACACGUGUGA